GCUCCACCUGCUUCCCUCUCAUUGAUUCGCCCUUGGUCGACCCUCUGUUACCCGAUCAUGACGCCGACGGAACUCCAACUUCCCCAAAAAUCUCCCUACAAAAAUACCUCUGAUUGCUUCCUCCGAAAUCCUCAAUUCCGCCAGAUGCUCCUACCCCUAGCUCCUCCGACUCCAUCGUGUCCGCGCCAAAACUGCAGAUCCCUGAGAUUUUGAGGUGGUUUUCCACCCAAUGGGGGACGCAUCGCGUAGACCAGAGGCCAAUGUAGUUAUGAAUGGAAAGACGAAGUCGCAGAAUCAUAUAGUUGCUUCUCGCCCCAAGGGCUCUCUGCAGGAUGUAGGGUCGCUUCGAAUUGGGAGUGGCGUGGUGAGCCAGGCAGCUUUGUUUCUGCUCAAAAUGGCUGCAUUGGAGACAGUAAGGCGGUUCUCAAGGGCCAAGUGCCCGUGGGCAUGGCGUGGCUUCCAGGCUUUGCAAUUUCUGUGUUACCCUCCGUUCAAGUGGUUUCGAAGAUUUGCGCCCUUCAAGGCUUUGGUCAAUGGCAUGCAGGUAGUUUCAAAACCAUUACUAGUGCUUUCCAUUGCAACAGUGUUCUCUGAUGAAGCGGAGUUCUUUAAUAGAACCUCAGAUGGCAUUAACAAUUCUGAUGCAUGUUCAGAAGUGCAGUCGGAAGUAUUGUCUGAGUGCAUUAACGAUUCUACUUUGGAUACAAGGGUUCCUGAUCAAUUUCCUCAAAAUGUAGAACCUGAAAUGUGGUUGGUAGAACUCCAUGAAGAGCUUGAAAGACAAGGGAUUAGCUUGCCAGAAAGAAUUGAUGAGGAGGAACUUCGUAGGUUUUACACUGCUGCAAAUGGAGACUUUUCUCGCUUGCUAUCAUCAGUAAAGAAGACAAUCCAUUGGAGGGAGACUUACGGAAUUCUUUCAAUACAGGAGCUUGAGAUGUGGUCAAAUAUGGUUUUCUGGCAUGGAUUUGAUGUUAAGCACCGACCUUGCCUCAUAGUGCGACUUGGGCUAGCUUGCACUAGCUUGCUAUCUCAUGAUAGACCUCGCUUUGCUCAAGCUAUCAUUUCCCAAGUAGAGCAUGGAGUCUAUCAUUUGCUUGAUGCCACCAAUGCUCAAAUUACAGUUGUAGUAGAUUGUGAAGGUCUAUCUCCAUUGAAAAUUCCCAUGCAAGUUAUGAGGACUUGUUCUUCUCUUUUGCAAGAUCACUUCCCCAACCGUCUUGGCUGUCUGUUUGUUAUUCGGCUUCCUCCAAUGCUUCGUGUUAUUGCUCAAACCUUUAUUCAAGUUUUGAAACCUUAUACCCGAGAGAAGUUGAGAAUUGAAGGUGAGAGUUACCGGAAGAUUCUCUCUGAGUACCUUGAGGCACUUCCAUUAUAUCUUGGUGGCAAAUGCCAGUGCAAAAUAUGUACAGAUAUGUGGCACCCUCGCACAAAUGAAGUUAUCAAGACAGAGCUGAGAGAAGAUUUGCACGAGGGUCGGAAUCCACUUCCAGCCCAUCCAACUUAUGAGAAUGAGGUUGACAUGGAAGAUAACUGGGAUCAGUUGGUGAGGACUGCCAUAUUUGGUCUCGUUAUGGUAUGGGUUUUCAUAGCAUUCCUUUCUUUAUUCUUUGACCCCGAAAGCCGUCCCUUUCCCUUUUCUCCUAAGUGAGGUAAGACCAAAAGAGUGGACAAGCUUCUUUUUCUCCUCUAUUUUCUUGGCACUUAGUUCUUCUCCAAAGUGUGUAUGCUAUAAGUUUUCCAUGUCAUAUAUUAGUUCUUCUCCAUGUUGGUGUGGAGCUAACGGAAGACUUGGCACAAAAGCGUACAUAAUGACGUUCUAGGAUUCAUAUAACUGAUCCCACUUAGUGAGAUAAGGCUUGGUUGUUGUUUAUCGUUGAGGGUCAACUUGCAUUAAUGUUCUUGUAGUCUUACCUGGAUUUUCACCUCUCCCUAUAUUUUUUUUUCUUGCAUUUUUCGUGCUUGUAGUUUCGUUUAGUUCAAUCCGUCAACUAAGUUGAUUGUUCCA